UCACGCCCCCGCUCUAAUUCAGUGCUUAUCCGAGAAUUUACAAAUCGGUAUUUUCACGUCGGCAGAAGGCUGAAUUUUUGGAGAUUUUCCCACUUAGAUUCAAUACUUUUCCCGAGAUAGGUGUGGUUUCCUUUGCAGCCAUGUCUAGUCAAGUAUUUUCAGUUCCAGUUCCAACGAAGCGGCCCAAAAGAGAGUAUAGAAUAUCGCCAUCGCCUAAAAAGAGGAAAACCAUGACGGACUUCAAUACUUUCUGUACCUGGGUGUUAGACUAUGAGGCUUCGUUACAAGAAGAGGGACACGUCAAGAAAAGAAGCCCUAGCCCCUUGGACAGUGAGGGGAACAGUACGUCUAGCAGUGACACCUCGGACAUCAUCCGCUACACACCCAUCUCCCACGGCCACAAAGUCAAAGGGAAAGAUGAGGAGUGGGAACUAGUCACAUGCUACUGUCUCAAACCCUUCGCCGGUCGGCCGAUGAUUGAAUGCUCCGAGUGCAGUACCUGGAUCCACUUAUCCUGCGCCAAAAUCCGCAAGAACAAUGUUCCGGACGUUUUCACCUGCCAGCGUUGCAGGGACUCUAAGUUUGACAUCCGACGAUCAAACCGAGCGCGGGAACCCAAGAAACAGUUCAAAGAGUUGUACGAGGAGUUGUGAACCACAAACAAAUAAACCUGUACAGCUGUAUCAAAGUAUAUCAGAGUGUUCUGUACGAACCGUCCCACGUAUGAAAAGGAACUCUGGUGAGUUGGAGAUGUCGUCAGUCUGAACUCUUGAUGCCCAGAGAACAGCAGUUAACAACUCUCCGUUCGUGAGUUUUGCAAGAGGAUAUGGACCAAUUUUCGAAACUCCUUUUUUAUGACGCAGUGCUGAUCACCUUCCCAUCAUGCAAAGGGAACCUGAAAUCGUGAGAGGAAGUUUCUUGAUUUCUUACGAGUUACGCACAGAUGCUGCAUAGGAAUGAAUUGUAUCAUCCACAUCAGUUGUGUCUCAGUUCAUGUGCUAGUUUCUGUCUCCAAAAGUGGCCAGGAUGCACUUAGAAAAUUGUGGGCCAAGAUAUUUUUUGGACAACUCAGUCAACCAAUCGGAACUCCAGGUAUUUAGCCAAUCAAGUGAGUGCUGUGAGCCACAUCGCAAUUCGCCAGAUAAUACUCAUCAAACUCGACAUAUCUGAUCGCUGCUUGGUUUGUAUCUGCACUGAACGCAACAGCAUGAGGGCGCUGUUUCUUCAUUCCUGCUUGAUUGGUUUGGAGAUGAAGAUAUUGAAGAUGAAACCAAGGUUUAGAGAACGUUCCUUGAGUCAAAAUCUCGAGUCGCCAGACUACAGCUCGGCCAAGUAAUAGUGGCGUGCCAGUCAAUCCCACAAUGCAAUAGGAAAGGAACCCUGUGCUGCAUGGUUUGUGUGAAACCAAGAACAUGUAUAAGAAAACUGGGAAAGACUGUAGUAUCCAGACGCCACUUCUUUGGUUGUGUACAAAGUCUAUGCAGAGUCGAGUGCAUUUUCAAAGUAUUUUCUAACAAAAUUGGAAAUGUGUCUUAGUCCCAGAUUCAUGUCUUUGCAACAUUUAUGCACUGACUGAUCUUCAUUGGGAUAUGAAGAAAAGUGGCGUUAGGGAUGCAACAUUUUUUCCGAAAACUGAUAUUAGUGGAUAUUUCUGAAGCCACAUAUUGGACAGUUUCUGUAGCUACUUGUGACGAUUUCCAGUGAUUACAAUACUGGGUGAGUCAAAAAAAAAUGAAACCCAAACGUCGGGACCAUUUUUUUUC